AUGGGCUCCUACCACUACAGCUCCGCCUCGCAGUUCUUCUUCGCCGCCGGCGACCCCGGCCCCGGCCCCAGCCCCGCCGCGCGCAAGCCCGCCAGAACCGUCCGGAUCCCCGUCACCACGCCUCAGGACGCGGCGGCCGCCAGGAUCCAGGCGGCGUUCCGCAGCCGCCGGGUCCGGAGGCACGUGGCGGCCGUGCGCGCCGCCGACGCCGAGGCGACGCGGCUCGAGCGGCUGCUCCGGCGGCAGGAGACCGUGGACGCCGUCCGCGGCGACGACCGCGAGCGCGCGCGCUUCUCGGAGGCGCUCAUGGCCGUGCUGCUCCGCCUCGACGCCGUCCCGGGCCACGACCCGGCCGUGCGGGAGGCGCGGCGCGCCGUCAGCCGCCGCGUCGUCGGCCUCCAGGAGGUGUUCGACUCCGUGCUCGCCGCGCCCGAGGCCGACACCUACGGCGUCCCGGCGAGCCUGGCCCAGGUUCUCGAGGGGAUCUGGGGCGUCGGAGAGGCGCCGGCUGCGCCGCCGCCGCCGGCGGCAGCGGCCGCUGAGGAGGAGGCGAGGAGGAGUGGCUGGGGCAGGUUUUUCGGGGUACUUUAG